ACGCUUCAUUCAUAUCGAAUAAACUACCCUUCAAGACCACGACGACUAGAGUGGUGCCGUUUUGCACUUCCAGAGUGACGAGAAACGGAGAAAGGAUCACAGACCUUCUCAAAAUUCAAGUCUUUAAGAUCUGGGAAUAACACUUCUCAACCACAAUUUUCGUAAUUCUUUUUUCAUUCCAAAAAAAAAAAAAUUCCCCAAAAUAAAUAAAUAAAUAAGGGGGAAAAAGCGAUGGAGCAAGCGCAGGGAAAGAGAAGCGCGAAGAUGUGUAUGGUUUUGAUGUGUUUGAUGUUUAUCUUCGUUGAUCGAAUUGAAUCUUUAUCUGUUACAGUGAACGACGUUGAAUGUAUCUAUGAGUACGUGCUUUAUGAAGGUGACACCGUUUCGGGGAAUUUUGUUGUCGUUGACCAUGAUAUUUUCUGGAGCUCCGAUCACCCUGGCAUUGAUUUCACGGCAACAUCUCCUGGCGGUAAUGUUGUGCAAGAUAUCAAGGGAACCUCAGGAGACAAGUUUCAAUUUAAGGCCCCAGUACACGGAAUGUAUAAAUUUUGUUUCCAUAACCCUUACUCGACACCUGAGACUGUUUCUUUCUAUAUCCAUGUUGGUCAUAUUCCCUCUGAGCAUGACCUUGCCAAAGAUGAGCAUUUGGACCCAAUCAAUGUUAAAAUUGCUGAGCUCAGAGAGGCACUGGAAUCUGUUACAGCCGAACAAAAGUACUUGAGAGCCCGUGAUGCAAGGCAUCGCCACACAAACGAGAGUACACAUACACGUGUUAUCUUCUACACCGUGGGAGAGUACCUUCUGUUGGCUGCUGUUAGUGUACUGCAAGUCAUAUACAUCAGGCGCCUUUUCAGCAAAUCAGUGGCUUACAACCGUGUUUGAGUCAUUAACCUUAUGCUUUCCUUCUUUAGUUAAAUUAAUUAAAGGGGUAGUCAGGGUUUUCGACAUGUUUUCUCUGUGAAACAAUAUUAUAUAGUUAUUAUAUUCAUGGUGAACACUUGUUUUUCUCUGUCCGACACAGACUUUACUUGUAUUUUGAUACAAGGUUUUUAAAAUUCCUUGGUCUGAAUAGUAGUGGAUUUUAACUGAAAAUUAAAUCGUGUGGGAGCAAUACUUCGUAUGCAAAA